AUGAAGUCAAUAAAAGAGAAUCUCCUGGCUGCUCUAAACUCUCACCAAUCCAAAAUCAAAAAUCAAAUUCCAGACAUGACCCAAACAGUUCAACAAAACAAAGAAAUUCUGAAGUCCAACAAUGUGUCUGCAGUCACUAACUACAAAUCCAAACUCCAGGAAUACAGGAACAUGCCUACUGAUAUUGAUGUCAAACUGCCAUCACUCAAAACCAACACAGUCCAAGGGAGAGAACUCAGCCUGGAAUUAGAGGACUACAAGGCUAGCCUGACACAGACAACACUGUCCAGUCUGACAGACGAAGUCUCCUAUUUAUCUUUACAAAAGCUGUUAAAGCAAGCCAAAUCAAUUACAACCAUUCCUACUGGAGUUAAUCCUCUACUCCAUGUUGCCUGUGUGGGAGUGGAUGAAGCCUGGGUUAGUGGUAAAUAUAAAACCAUAACACGUGUUGACAUACACGGGUCUGUCCGGGACACUGUCACCACCACCUGUCAAUACUGGCCUGAUGGCAUCACAGUGACCAGACAGGGAGAACUGGUAUACAGUGAUGUUCAAAAUAGAACUGUGAACAUUGUCAGACACGGGAGAUUAGAGACACUGAUAACCACACCACAUGGCUGGCAUCCAGGUCAACCAUGCUGUACUAAGUCAGGGGACAUCCUGGUCAGUAUGCUUACUACUGAUUAUAGCCAACGUAAAAUUGUCCGUUAUCAGGGACACACAGAGAAACAGGAAAUAGAUAGAGAUGAAGAUGGAGAACCAAUCUAUAAAGGAGGGAAAUACACACUGUAUGUGGUGGAGAACAACAAUGGAGACAUCUGUGCCUCUGAUAAUAAUGCUGACACCGUGGUCGUGGUGAACAAGUCAGGAAGAGUCCGAUUCCGAUACGACGGUACACCAGCCAGGAGGAAGAAGUCAUUUAAUCCUAGACAUAUAGUGACAGACUCCAUGAGUCAGAUCAUUGUGGCAGAUAUCAACAAUGCCUGUCUACACAUCCUGGAUCAGAACGGACAGUUCCUGAGAUGUGUGGACAAUUGUGGACUAGAUAAACCUCGCGGACUGAGUGUGGACAGUGAGGGGAGGUUGUGGGUAGGGUUAUAUCAAUCAGGAGAAGUGAAAGUGAUUCAGUACAUGAAAUAA